GGAAUACUCUCUGAGAGUGUCAGGUCACCUCCCACCUUUACUGAUUGGCAAAUGAGAACUUUGGGGCUGGAAAUGAGGAGGAGAAGACAAACUCAGGAGUAGGGAAAAAGUGGGGAUCACCUAACUGAACAACUGUCAAGGAGAAAGGCAGGGUGUUCUUAACUAUGGCUGGAACAAAGACACUUCUGAUGCUGGAAAACUUCAUAAAUGGAAAAUUUGUACCUUCUCCCUCAUAUAUAGAUUCUUACGAUCCAUCUACAGGUGAGGUGUACUGCAGAGUGCCAAAUAGUGGGAAAGAGGAGGUCGAGGCGGCGGUGGAGGCCGCCAAAGCCGCCUUCCCAGGUUGGUCGGCCAGGAGCCCACAGGAGCGCUCGCAGGUGCUGCACCGCCUGGCGGACUUGCUGGAGCAGUCUCUGGAGGAGUUGGCCCAGGCCGAAUCUAAGGACCAAGGGAAAACCAUAACACUGGCGAGAACCUUGGACAUUCCCCGGUCUGCCUACAACUUCAGAUUCUUUGCCUCCUCCAUCCUGCACCACACGUCAGAAUGCACACAGAUGGACCACUUGGGCUGUCUUCACUAUACCGUGCGGGCCCCUGUGGGGAUUGCUGGUGUGAUCAGUCCCUGGAAUUUGCCACUCUACCUGCUGACCUGGAAGAUGGCUCCGGCGAUUGCUGCCGGCAAUACUGUGAUAGCCAAGCCCAGCGAGAUGACUUCAGUGACCGCAUGGAUGAUGUGCAAACUCCUGGAGAAAGCAGGUGUUCCACCAGGUGUGGUAAACAUUGUGUUUGGAACAGGGCCCAGGGCAGGUGAGGCCCUGGUGUCCCAUCCAGAGGUGCCUGUCAUCUCCUUCACUGGGAGCCAGCCCACAGCUGAGCGGAUCACACAGCUGAGUGCUCCCCACUACAAGAAGCUCUCACUGGAGCUGGGGGGCAAGAAUCCUGCUAUUAUCUUUGAGGACGCGGACCUGGAGGAGUGUGUUCCAACCACUGUCAGGUCCAGCUUCGCCAACCAAGGUGAAAUCUGCCUCUGUACCAGCAGGAUCUUUGUCCAGAAGAGCAUCUAUAGUGAUUUCUUAAAGAGGUUUGUAGAAGCUACCAGAAUGUGGAAAGUUGGCAUUCCCUCCGAUCCAUCAGCCAACAUGGGAGCUCUGAUAAGUAAAACUCAUUUGGAGAAAGUCAGAAGUUACAUCAAGAAAGCUCGUGCCGAAGGGGCCCAAAUUCUGUGUGGUGAGGGAGUGGAUAAGUUGAGUCUCCCCCCAAAGAACCAGGCAGGCUAUUUUAUGCUUCCCACCGUGAUAACAGACAUUAAGGACGAAUCCCCUUGCAUGAAGGAAGAGAUAUUUGGUCCAGUGACAUGUGUUGUCCCCUUUGGUAGUGAAGAGGAAGUGAUUAAAAGAGCCAACGAUGUUAAAUAUGGGCUGGCAGCGACAGUGUGGUCAAGCAAUGUGGGGCGUGUCCACCGGGUGGCGAAGAAGUUGCAGUCAGGUUUGGUCUGGACCAACUGCUGGUUCAUAAGAGAGCCGAACCUUCCUUUCGGAGGGAUGAAGAGUUCCGGCGUAGGUAGAGAAGGAAGCAAGGACUCUUAUGAAUUCUUCACUGAAGUCAAAACCAUCACAGUUAAACACUGACCUUGGCCAAUGGAGAAACUGUGAUGGUCAGUACCUGGUUGCAGACAAUCAGUCGCCCCGUGUGGUGAAUGGAAAUACUGGCAUAGAUUCCAGCCCAGUCUUGACUUAGCAGAAGUUUAUCUCUAGCUAUCCUCAGUAGUUAGUAUUUUUGCCCGCUGGUGAAGAGAUGCUGUCUGUCUUCAACGUGAAGGCAAAGAAGAGAAUGUUUCUGAACAGGAAAAUGCAAAAAGGUAGCCAAACAAUUGUCAGGAUCCUCCUAUGUUAUGUUUUCAUAGGACUUUUAUCAUCAUUUUGAUUGAAUUCUUGAAAAUUCAUAAUCAGAUUAUUUUUUUCAUUUGCAAAUGGAUCGUUGAAAAAAUAUCUACAAAGCUAAAGAGAAACCAAUCACCAUAAUUUCCUACCUUUGGGGAGAUUGUCAAGAUGAUCUCCUUGUCCAUCAGCCAUCAGGAUUGGUAAUUGGUAAUUGACUGUACCUUAUUACCCAAGAGGACCUUGAACAUCAAUGAUAAACACAGCAUGGAAUUUGUCAGAGAACACAUAUAUGGCUGGACCCACUAAAUAUUGGGUUGUCGGAAAAGUCAUGAUGUAUUUUUUCUAUGUUUUUCGUUGCAAAAAUGCGCCAUGGCUUUUCCGACAGCCCAAUAUAUCUGUAUAAACAAAGAAAAAUAACAUAGCUACUACUUUGGGAGGAAACUCAGAACAAGAAGAGCUUGAUCCAUUCCCACUAAUCUAAUCGAAUCAAUCUCAAUUCUUAAUGAAUGUACUUAACAAGACUUAAAAUUUACUAAUCCUAGAGGAAGCAAUAAAUGUUGAGCAAUUUUGGCAACCAGUA